AUGCAGAGCUUGUGGUCCCGCGCUGCUCGGUCGCAGUCGACCUGCCGCUGUGUUUCGUGUUUGAGCACGACCGCCAGCGGAGUGACUUCGCGGUCGGCAGGCGCUGCCAGCAAGAAGAAACUUCGAAUUGGAAACUCCGUGACCGCCUUAUACACGAGUAUCUUCGCCGCCGCCGCCCUUGCCGACGCCAGAGCCAAGACCCAACGCCGACAUGACUGGGAGGAAAAGAUCGCGGCUGUCAAGGCCGAGGUGAAUGAACUGGUAGAUGAAGAACAGCGACUCCUGGAGUCAUUGGAGUCACGAAGGAAAAGCACCGGGGCGCUCAACCGAUUGCUGCAGGCCAGAGGGCUCGGCACCGUCACGAACUUUUCUCCUGCACCCCGACGAGUCACGCCGAACCAGCCAACAAGGUCCUUCCACACGGAACGCAGUGUACUCGGUGCUGCCAAUGCACAAUUACUCGAGAGUGCAUUAGCAGAGGAAACCAACGACUUCAGGAUAGCCGCCGAGGCGGAAUAUGAUGACUUUGACAUUGAGGAUGAAACAUUGCCGGGCUGGGCCCAUGACGAUCCUUUACGCGUGAAGGCUAUCCAGAAGCUCGCAUUGCGGCAAUUUGCGAUCCGGCUCCUUCUGCGACCGAUUAUCGCUCAUCGUUAUGCCGGAGUAUCGAUGAAUUACUCUGCUGAUUUGGACCUCCCCGAGAUUAACGUCCGGAAACUUUUGGACGAGCUCAACAGUAUACGGCAUCGAAUCAGGGCACUCAAGUCUCACAAAAAUGCGGGAUAUGACGACGUGAUUGGUCACUAUGCUACAAUGCAACCCGACGAGACUCGGAGAGAGAGCGUGCGCCUUGACGCGGAGCUGAACCGGGAUAUUCAAUUAUUCACGAGAGACCAGAUGUCCCUGCAAGAGCUCCUCAUGCGGAUAUCUAGCAACCUAAUCGCUUCGGCGGAGCCCGACCGCACUGCUGCUUUCAGAUACAUUCUCAUUGCUUUCUCGCAUGCUCGCCAGAACGACAUCAACGAUCUUCUCCUCCGCGCCCUCCUUCCGAAUGGCUUCAACUUGAGCACCUCACUCAUUAUCACCAUUAUCUCGUUCUUCCGCAAGUCCAAAAACCUCAAGGACUUUGAUAUGUUCCUUCAGAUGCUCAGUGGUCAUGGAGGUUACUCUGCGAAUCUAGGCACUCUCGGUCGUUAUCGAAAUCGAAAAAUGAAUGGCUUGGAAAUUGUCUGCCCGCCGCUGGACAGCAAUAAUCCUGUCAUUUAUUGCGAGCUUAUCGCUGCUGCAUUACGAUUCGAUCAGCCUGAUCGAGCUGACGCUUGGCUCCAAGCUGCGCGGAGCGUCGGCUUCUUUGACAAUUUCACAACACUGUUUUACUACACUCGAUUCUACAGCAUCAGGCAAGACUGGGAGAAGGGCGUUAAUGUGUUGAGAAGAGCUACCACCUAUAUGGUCUCAUCAACCGACCAUCAGAGUCACAUGGUUGAGCGUCUGCUCAUGCUGAUGGUCCAUCUUUGUGACUCCUGCGGUAAAAAGGAGGUUUCAAAAGUCUUGAUCACAGCUGCCGUUCGCAGUGGAUUUGAACCGCCUCUACCAUCAGCGCAAAGUGGUAUUGUGCCUAUCGUUGACCGCGAUUUCGAGAGAUGGACAGAGGCUGCUAGAUCGGCACCCAGAGAGAAUGCAGAUCGUCCUCUGUGGAAGAAGUGCUUCGACUUUGUCAACGAUUUCGGUGAAGAUUUGAAUGCGUUCGAGGCAGAGAAUGAAGCAAUAGCGCUUGACCACGCAAGCUUCCUUGCUCUUCAUGCACGGGAUGCCUUUUCCACCACUCUUGCCGGCAAUAGAUCAGAUCACAAAGAUGCCAAACCAGCUGCGAUUUCAUCACCAGCCAGUUUGCGGUCUAUGGAUAACCCCCGGAAUUCCAAGGCGCAAAAGGACGAGAUGACCGCUCUGAAAGACGAAAUUAGUCAGCUUCGUGACCUCGUUUUCGAACUCCGGAAACACCACAUCGAAUCUUCGUUUAAAGAGGACGAUGUCCAUGAAGUCGAGCAAGAAACCCACUCCUCACAACCCUCCGAAACUUCACCCACCCCCGCCUCCGAAACCCCCAACACUCCCAUGAAUGUCAAAUUCGAACGGAUAUCCGAAAUGAUCGACAGUGACCGCACACUGCCUCCAUCUGAAGUGAGCCCUCGACCGUUUACCCGGCGAUUCUCUAAAAAGGACACAACCAUGCCAUUGACCGAUCCUCUCACUGCCUCUGAUACCCCCGUACAAGCAGUCUCCACCCCGGAACGUCCCAAGGGGUUCCGUACUAUUGCCAGUGCUAUGGCCAAGAAAUCUGCUCGACAGAAUUGA